AUGUCCACAGCAGAGAAAGGUGCCGCCAACGACCAAGGCUUCGUCAACGGCGACAAUAGCGCCAAUGCCAACGUAUCAAGAUUCAUAACCCCAGGUGGUCACCCUGCGGAUAGCUCUCAGCCUGCGUUCCCUAUUUUCCACAGAAAGAUUGCUAAUCCUUCUCCACUCGGACUCUACAACAUCCAAACGAGAGGCAUCAGUGCACCAAACGUCGUUGUCGGCCCAGCGCUCUUCUACGGUGGACUGUGUCAGCUUCUUGCAGGAAUGUGGGAGUUCACCACAGGUAACACAUUCGCUGCAACUGCCUUCUCUACUUAUGGUGGAUUCUGGUUAUCUUACGGCGUUAUUUACAUCCCAUGGUUUGGAAUCGAAGCUGCAUACGAGGGAGCACCGGAUGAGUUAGCUUCAGCGCUCGGUAUCUACCUAAUUGGAUGGUUUAUCGUCACGUUCAUGUUCUUGGUCGCCUCGCAGAGAUCAUCACUCGCGCUCUCUGGUGUCUUCUUCUUCCUGAUGAUUACCUUUAUCUUGCUUGCGGCGGGUGAAUUUACUGGAUCAGUUGGCACCACAAAAGCGGGUGGUGUUUUGGGAGCAAUAACCGCAUUCAAUGCUUAUUAUGUAGCAAUGGCUGGACUGCUCACUCCUGACUCAAGUUACUUCACACUUCCUACUCUUUCUUUGGACUUUCCUAACAAGAAGAAGUAA